AUGUGGUUAUUUCCUCUCGUCUGUGUUCGCCCAGACUGUGGUAGGCACAGACUAACUGCGGCAGGAAUUUACCGUACCGUGCGUAAGGUCUUGGACAUCGACGGGUGGUAUGACCUUGCCACUGAGUAUCUGGAGUGCAAACGCUGCAAAAAGAAAUAUCCUGCCUGGUCCGAGGACAUCCUAGGACAGCUGGAUAUGGGCCACCGCAGUCAGUUUCCAGCUUUGCUGACAUACAGAUACUCAUGUGACAACCGGGUGCUGAGGAUGAUGAGGGAGAGGACACUGGGCAACAGUGUGACUCAGCUUUACAGGAAGCUGAUGGAACAGCACAGUGAGGCAUGGACACAGCGUGUCUUGCAGUACCUGACUGCCUGUGAACCAUUCACAAGGUCCUCCCUUGUGCAGCCUCCUGUGUUUGCUGAUCCUCCACUUUUACCUGCUUUGCCUAAACCUAAGUGGCUGUUAGCCGUGUAUGCCAGGGAUGUUCUGGGGCGACUGCACGAGGUCAAGGCCAAAUUAACAUCUGUCUUUGGCUGUGUUCUCAAGAUGGAUUCGACAAAAAAGGUCACAAAGAAACUUGCCGGUGCUGCUUCAGGAACAGCUGCCUGGUGCACAAAUGUCGGAAACGAACACGGCCAGGUCCUUGUCUCUGUGCUGACAGCUGCCGAGGGACAUGGACUGGACUCCAUGGCAGCUGGUCUGAUGAAACGCUACCGAGAGGCAGGAGAGGCAGCCCCAAAAGUGAUGUACGUUGACAGGGACUGCUGCAGUCAGUACGGCCAAUCGCGGGUGAAGAUCAUGUUUUUGGAGUGGGAUGAGCUUGUAGUGCGCCUCGACAUCUGGCACUUCAUGCGGCGAUUUGCUGCAGGUGUCACGACAGAGGCUCAUCCGCUCUAUGGGAUCUUCAUGGCACGUCUGUCCACGUGCAUCUUUCAGUGGGAUCCAGAGGAUGUGGCUGCUCUUCGCUCCGCAAAAGAGGGUGACCUGGCGGCAAAGAAGACUGGCCACAUCUCAGAAAAGGCGGUCAGUGCUCGCAUUACCCGGAGGGAGUUGGCACUGCACUGCCGGAGGAGGACCAGGGGGGUGGAGGAGACCACCAGAUUGAUUGGGUCACUGAUUGAUCAGUUUGACAGUGCGGAUGGGAAGGACACCCUGGGAGUUCCUCUGCUGGACCACGAACGGAUCCAGCAGAUAUGGAAGGAACAGCGCAAGCACGUCCAGUGUAUCCAAGACCCAGAGGACUUUCCGCUGUACAUGAAGACAGGGACACUGAAGAAAGGCGGCGUGGAGCUGUGCUGCUACAGGUGUGCUCGUGGCUCUACCUCCUUGGAGUCAUUCCACCUCCACCUGAACCGUUUUAUUCCAGGAACCAGUGCCAGCGAUGCGCAUUUUCAGGCCUAUCUCCUUGAGGGCUUGAUGCGUUGGAAUGAUGACCGAAUGGAAGACGCCAUAAAACGGGCGUCCUCCAUUCGGACAUAUGGCAGUGCCAUGAGCGAGGCUGUUGACCGGCUUAGCCGAACAGUCUUUGGGAAGCCCUGGGAUGAGCGCUAUCGCCCUCCUGGAGCAUAUUGUUUCCGUGAAUUGCUGGGAAUCGAGUACCUUUACAGCCAGACUGGCAAAACACUGACUCCAGUGCUCCAGAACCCAGAGGAGGAAGACCGGUUGGUGGAGGAGGUUGAUGAUCAGGACCUGCUAGAUGAGGGGUUUGAGGAAGAGAGCAUGGAGGACAUCACAGUUCCAGUGCUGUAUGAGGAUGACCCCUGCCUCAGAAACACCCCCUCAUCUUUGCCUCUGCCUCAGUCCCCAGCAUCACUGGCUGAGCCGUCCACAUCAUCUGGAGGAGAGGGACAGCAUCUCGCCCCUGCCUCUUCAGUGCUGUCACAGACAUCUGACACUGGAAGCAGUGUCUCCGGCGAGGCUCAGGGAGCAGUCAUUGGACCUGAUGGCAUCGCUGGGUGGGACAAGGUCCAGGAUCUGGCUGGUUUCCUGGUGGGUCUUCGUGAGGCUCCUUACCUCACCGACCUGCAGGUUACAGAGGCCAUCCAGCUGCACCGAAGCGGUCCGGAGUCACACUGGGUGUGGAGAGUGUGA